AUUUAACUAAAAACUGAUAAAUUAAUCGAAAAGGAUUAACUAUCAGUAGAUUGGUAGCAAAUCCGGUCCGGAGCUUCAUUAGUUUGCUUUGGUUUAGGAAAACAUCAGUUGAUUUUUAUACGUUAACUAAUUAACCUAAUCAGUUGAAUUUUUGAUUUCUUGUCAAUAUUUUCAUUCAUUUUCUUAACAAUUGAGUUUUUUUCAAUGGAAUUGGGUGAUUUACCUUACGAUUGUCUAUCGUGUAUAUUUGAUUGUAUUCCUGAUCUUAAAUCGCUUUUAGAUCUGUCAACAGUUUGUAAACAAUGGAACAUUUUGGCGAAUCAAAGAUUGAAAAAAAUUCGACAUUUACAUGUUGAGCAAGAUAUCGAUUCUGACCUUGCAGCAUCUCCCAAUCAUCUUUACACGAACGAUGUUGGAUUGAUGGAGAGAGUAAAUGUCUCGAAAAUGUUUCCAAAUCUAAAGUUCUUCACCAAAGAUUAUACUCUUGAAACCACAUGUACCUGCAAGAUGAUGGUCAAUGUUUUGUCCACUUCGAAACCAUUAAUUGGGCUCAUUUGUGAAGAUCCAUGUCUCGUGUCAAAUUCUCUUGACAUUUUGUGUCAUGUCGAUAUCGAUGAUAUUGUUAAACACUGUGGUAGCCUCGAGUACCUGGAUUCAUUGUAUCGACCUUUUCUUGGCAGUUAUUUCUUAAAAUAUAAAUUUGGUCAGAAUGUCAAAUACUUCGAAGGUUCAAUUGAAGGAUACGACGACGAUGAGGAAGAUAAAAAUUAUGAUUUCAUGUUCAAACAAAUAUAUUUGCUAUGUUAUUACUUGAAACAAAUGCCAAAUCUUGAAGUUCUGCAUCUGAAAGAACCACCAAUUGAACCUCGUCUUUGGCCUUUACCGAAAAACAUGAAGUUAAAGCAGAUCGAUUUUGACAACAUUACGACAAAAACAUUGGCCUUCCAGUUUUUAUCUCGUUUUCCCAACUUGCGAAGUGUUUCUUUUAGCAUUCGAUCAGUGACAAACAAAGAUGAAAUUUUCGAAGUUUCCAACCCUUACCCGAAUAUCCAAGAUUGCGCUCUACAUAUUGGAGGAAUAUAUCAGAACUUGCCUGUCGGAUCGUUUAAGCUGAUUAAAAGUAUUAUGGUCAAGUUCCCUAAUUGUACAAACCUGUUCAUCCAUCUCCUGAAAAAUAUUGCAAUAACCAAUGAGGAUUUGAUCGAGACAAUCAAAAUUUUACCGCAUUUAACUCUAUUAGUCUUGGAUAUAAAGAAUUGGGGAGAUACAAAUACUAUUGAGACAAUCAGUAAAUUCUGUCAAUCGUCAGGUCGUCGAAUAUCCUUUUACUUGCUUCGCGAUGAUCGAAUAUGGAAUCGCACGACCAGAACUGGAUCAUAUACACGAUAUGCAUUGAACAAAGAUGUGGCGAAUCAUUUGAAGACCGACAACAAAUUCAUUCGAAGCUUUUUUCGUUGUGAAUGAAAAGAAUUGAAUUUCUCUUCAAUCUUUCGGUUGUUCAAUAUUUGGUUUUUCUUAUUACAUGAAACAACAAGUGAAAACCAUCAUUUAUCAUAAUAAUAAUUAGUUUUAUUCUCGAUCUCGAUAUUGACGUUUUGAGCUUUCAUAAGCUCAAUCAGUCAUCUUUCCUCUAUACUUUUUUUACUUUUAACUGAGAUUAUUACAAUAAUACAGUUCCACACAAUUUUCAAGUGUUUUGCUUACUAUUCAAUUGAAUAAAUAAAUGACUCAAAUCAUUAAUUCUUCAAACAGCAUUUAGAGAAAUGAAGAUGCAAACAUUUCCCAGUGUACAUAAUUAUCUGGACAACUAAAAUAAAUCUCAUUUGCUUAGGAAAAUAAUCUAAAUCCAUUCAAGUCAAUAAACUUUUUUAAUCUUUGAUAAAAGUGAAAAAUUGAUUCAUGAAGAUAAUAGAUGUUGAUUGAUAUGAUAUUUGAAUAAACGAUAAAAGUGAUUAAUGAAAAUAUCUUUUUGUUCAAGAGAAUCAAAUAUCAGCAAAUGAUUUCAGC